AAAGGUUAGUCAUUAGUCCCCCAGACCAACUAGAGUUAACCACGAGUUUGCGUGAUCUGUGAUUUAGUAAAAGAAGUUUAGUUGCUCGAAAAGAUACUAUGGAGCGUUGGCAAGAUAAGGUGGCGGUUGUAACUGGAGCAAGUUGUGGAAUAGGAGCCGUAACUGCUGCAAAACUAUUGCAAAACGGAUUUUCCGUUGUUGCUCUUGCACGUCGUGAGGAACGACUCCUUGAAAACCAGGAAGCUCUCCCGGAAAACCUGCGAAGUCGUUACCAUCCCAAGAAAUGUGAUGUUACUGACGAGAAAGCCGUGAAAAAGACCUUCGCCUGGAUUGAGGACCGCUUUGGGGGAGCUGAUGUUCUAGUCAAUAACGCCGGUGUUAUGACCGUCGGUGUGGACCUCUCGAGUCCAGAUAAUACAGACAUUAUGAGGAAUACUAUUGAGACUAAUGUAAUGAGUGUAGUCUACUGCGUACGAGAAGCAUUCAAUUCAAUGAAAAAGCGGAACGUCGAUGGCCAUAUCGUUAUUAUUAAUAGUGAGCUUGGCCAUAAGGUCCCCAUGAUGACCAGUGGGUCGAUGAACAUCUACCCUGCUUCGAAGUUUGCUGUUACUGCGAUGAUAGAGACCUAUCGUCAGGAGUUUGCAAAUGCUGGGACAAAAGUGAAAAUAACGAGUAUCAGCCCUGGUGGUGUAGAAACUGAGCUUGUCCCAAACUUGGGACUCUAUAGAGAAGCAGGCCUUGCCCUAUUGUAUCCAGAGGACGUGACCAACGCUAUAUUAUACGCCCUGGGCACCCCGCCACAUGUUCAAGUUCACGAAUUAAUCAUUAAACCCAUGGGUGCAAAAAGUUAAAAGUUUAAAAAGAUUUGUGUGUUACAAAAUUUACAAUGGGGAAAAAUAUAUUUAUUGUUCAAUUUAAA